AUGAAGGGCGGGGGAAUUUGACGCAUGUUGCUCUAUGUUCCAGGGGUCGAAGACCCGUUUGUUUAAAAUGUUGGACAAACGCAACGUUGUGUACACUUUCGCAGUCCCUCUAACGAACUGAAGCCAGAGGAAAGAUGAUGCCGAGGUCUGCUCUCUCCAGGUGCGCCCUCUUGGCGCAGCAGUGGCCUUUGGAAUGCGCGCUGUCCACCAAACACAUCCACCGCGGGAUGUCUUCAGUGACCAUUCCUCCUCCAGCGUGCAUGCUCCGGCCUCUUGAGGCACCUUUCCGAUACCUUUUUGGGCCAGGACCCUCUAAUGUGCCGCCUCGUAUUUUAGCGGCAGGAGGGAGACCUAUAAUAGGCCAUAUGCACACAGAAAUGUUUGAGAUUAUGAAUGAUAUCAAGAAGGGUAUCCAGUACGCUUUUCAGACCAGUAACAACAUGACACUGGCCAUGAGUGGUUCUGGCCACACCGCGAUGGAGUGCGCAGUGUUCAACGUUGUGGAACCCGGAGAGAGUGUUCUCGUUGCAAUCAAUGGAAUUUGGGGAGAACGAGUCGCAGAAAUUGCUGAACGGAUGGGUGCACAGGUUCACACCUUGGUCAAAACACCUGGAGGACAUUUUACAAAUGAAGAAAUUGAACAGGCUCUGGCUAAACACAAGCCAGUUCUCUUCUUUCUCACACAUGGAGAGUCUUCAGCUGGUCUGGUGCACCCUGUUGAUGGCAUUGGUGAUAUGUGUCACAAAUACAACUGUUUGUUCUUAGUGGAUUCAGUGGCGUCAUUGGGAGCUGCACCACUUUUAAUGGACCAACAAAAUAUUGAUAUCCUGUAUACUGGGUCUCAGAAAGCCUUGAAUGCACCUCCCGGGACAGCGCCAAUUUCAUUCAGUGAAAGAGCAUGCCACAAGAUGUUUAACAGGAAAACUAAGCCAGUAUCCUACCUCCUUGACAUGACACACUUGUCCAAUUACUGGGGCAAUGAUGGCAAGCAAGAUAGAAUAUACCAUCACACAGGACCUGUGUCUGGGUUCUUUUCCCUGAGGGAAAGUCUGGCCAUCCUUGCAGAAACGGGGCUUGAGAACUCAUGGAGACAUCAUGAGGAAGUUGCCAAGUAUCUUUGGAAGGGCUUGGAAGACCUGGGCUUGAAGCUGUUUAUCAAAGACAGGGACUUGAGAUUACCCUCAGUCACCACAAUUGCCAUCCCUGAGGGAUAUAACUGGAGGGAAUUGCUAGCUUACAUCAUGAAGCAUCACCAAAUGGAGUUUACAGGAGGUUUAGGGCCCUCUGUUGGCAUGGUGUUGCGGAUCGGUCUUAUGGGAUACAACUGUAACAAGGCGAAUGCUGCAAUGGCUCUUGCGGCUGUUGAAGAUGCUUUAAAGCACUGUCGAAAGACCAAAGCCUAAAAAGAGACAACACUGUAGAAGACAAUUAUAGAUGACUCAUUCAAAAAAAUCUUUGUGUAAAGGCCUCCCACCAUGAUUCUAAUGUUCAACAACAGAGGGCGGAAUAUACAAGAAAUGUAAAGGAACAGUUAUUAUAAACUGUGUAUAUGGAGCUUUCAUCUAAUGGUUGGUAAAAUUGAGUGAAUUGUGUGAAUUUUAAUCACUUUUAAGCUUUGCCAGAAGAAUUUGUUAAAUAUUUUACAGAACAGUGCAAAUCAUGUCUCUAUAUCAGUCGAAACUAGUCAACACAGAACAGGCACAUGUUGACACAAAAA